ACACUUGUCAAAAUCAUCCGCGCCGAUCAGUCUGCCAGGCUGACGUUUUGACACACGCACACACGGAAACUGAUCAACAAAAACAUUGCUGUCGAUUUUCGCUAAGAACGGUAAAGGGUUCUACUAGAAUGACUUGCUGGUCGCAUGCAAAUUGCUAGUUUUACUGCUUAGAUAGUUUAAAAAAUUAGUCUGGCGCGUCCAUUAAAUAGCAAUCGGCAAAAGGGUGUGCAGCAUUUCCUUACCAGUGGUCUCUUUAAUUCAUGAAGCACGAUGGCGCAGCCCAAAAUGACCAACGAAAAAUCGGUGCCAUCGGAAAAAGAGACAGGCAAAAGCAACCUCAAUCUAACGGCGGACGAACUGAAAGCGGAGGGCAAUCGAUGUGUGAAAGCCGGCAACUUUACCGAGGCGGUCCUGCACUACACCCAUGCCAUCAAGCUUAGCCCGGCCGAUCCAAUUCUGUACAGCAAUCGGUCGUUAGCGUUCUGCAAGAUGCAGCAAUACUACUACGCAAAUGAAGACGCCGACAGGGCGAUCGCGUUGAACCCGACCUGGGCGAAAGGCUACUUCCGGAAGGCGGAAGUAAGCAUGGGCGUGGGUCAGUACGACAUGGCUCUGCUUUCGUACGGCAAAGCGCUGCAGCUUCAGCCCCAGGAUAUGGGUAUCAUUCAGGCUGCCCGGAAAGCCGCCACGGUUAGCAAUGCUGAGCGUGAAAAGGAGAAGCGGUCUCCCUUCAUUGGUAGCGCUAUUGGCUGUGCCGUUGGUUUGUGUAUCGUGUUGGCCGAUAUGUUACUGACGGAAAAACCAACCAUCAAGUACACUUCGUUGAUGGUAUUCAUCAUAAUGGUGAUCACUAGCGUGGGAUUCGGAAUAGCAAAAUUACUGUGGUACUACAAAAAGCUGCAAAGGAAAGGAUUGCUUGACCCGCCCAUCGAUUUGUUAGAAGAUUUUCAAAAGCCUAAAGAAGCUGAGGAUGCAUCACCACCGUCGGGAGAGCAACGUCACGAACGGAAUCGUUACACGAAGGCACAAGCGAGACAGCGCUUGAAAAAGGCGAAAACCUAAGUGACCUUUUUUUCGUUAACAACAUCUGCUGGGACGGUUAGUACGAAAAGGAGCCUAAGACUAUCAACCUCCUGUUGUUUGAUGGAUAUCGAGAGCAGUUAGCAUAUUGCCCUUUCAUUUUCCAUUUUCCUUCAUACAAAUCAUAUGGGAGUCAUUUAUUCCACACGUGUUGCUCAUAAUUUACGGUUUGCAUUUGAAAUCAGGUAAUAAAAAGGGCUGGCAGAUAGGAGAAGGGCAACAAACAUAUUUUCUUCAAUUUUAUUGAAUAUUUUGGUGGAGCAGACUAUCUUCUAGUAGCUAUUAAUUGAGUAGAACUCCCUAAGACAACCCACAGAACUAAACUAAACCAGCAGAGGCAAAUCAAUAUUGCUGAAGGAUUUAUCGCGUGCAUGGUACAGGAACAGGUUCAAUACGUUCUAGCAACGACCUGUCGACGCAUAUGAAGCAAAAUAAAUUAAUUUACCAAAAUCGUA